AUGCAGGCACUGCAGCACUCCCAAGUCCAGACUCAAGAGCACAUGGCAUCUAUGGAGGAGAUGAGGCGCUGGAAGAAUAUCAAAAUGCGUGGUCUACCUGAAACCAUGGAGGCUGUUCCAUAUUUCUUCCGACGAUUACUCACUUACCUUUUUUCUGUCAAGCAAGCCAAGGGAAUGCCUCUGCAUGGAUGGUACCGGAUACCCAAAAUGGCCUCCAGCACUCCAGAGACAAGAAGGGACGUUAUAGUCCGAUUCCAACAGAACCUGGACAGACUGUUGUUUAUGGCGGUGAUCCGCAGUAAGUCUCCACUACGCUUUGAAGGCGCUUUUAUCCCGACUGAUCCAUAG